UUAAAACUUUGCCUACGUCCUCCCUCUCGUUUUGUCCACGUGCGUCGUCACGAAAACCGUUGUCUCUGUAGGAAGUUGCUCACUCAGCGGCGUCGGGCUCGGCUGGUGUGUACAUCUGGACAUCUCUAUUUUCUUCUACACCUUUAAUUCAGCAGGGUAAACCAUGCCGUCAGUGCCCUCAUCCAAAGAGACCACCGUCAAGGCCCCUGUGUGCCCUCAUGCUGCCAAGCAGCUCAACCACACCAACGGAGAAGGCAAACUCCGGGAGGGUUCGUUCCCGCUGAACGGAGCUGACAAGCUACCCGCGGUGGACACUGAAGAGGCGAACAGAACCAUUCAGAUCAACACAAAGAACACUACUCCCGAGAGGAAAUGGAUCCGACCGGACCUUCCCAGCCGCUGCACAUGGAGCCUGGGAGCCUCGAAAGCAGAUUCCCCUCAUGUACAAGUUCCAAGAACUGUUGCUCCAGCCAUUCUUCCAAACAUCCUGCACAGGAUUGGUGACACUCCCAUGGUGCGCAUUAACAAGAUCCCCAAAGUGUUUGGACUCAAAUGUGAAAUACUGGCUAAGUGUGAGUUCUUCAAUGCUGGCGGCAGUGUCAAGGACAGGAUCAGCCUGCGGAUGGUGGAGGACGCUGAGAGAGCCGGAAUCCUCAAGCCUGGAGACACGAUUAUAGAGCCCACCUCUGGAAACACUGGUAUUGGAUUGGCCCUGGCUGCAGCUGUGAAAGGUUACCGCUGCAUCAUCGUCAUGCCUGAGAAAAUGAGCAUGGAGAAGGUUGAUGUCUUGAGAGCUCUUGGAGCUGAGAUUGUCCGUACGCCCACCAGCGCUCGCUUCGAUUCGCCAGAGUCUCACGUGGGCGUAGCCUGGCGCCUUAAAAACGAGAUCCCCAACUCUCACAUCCUCGACCAGUACCGUAACCCGAGCAAUCCUCUGGCUCACUACGAUGCCACAGCCGAGGAGAUCCUGGAGCAGUGUGACGGUAAACUGGACAUGCUGGUGGCGGGGGCAGGCACAGGGGGGACGAUCACUGGCAUCGCCCGCAAACUGAAGGAAAGAUGCCCCAACAUCAAAAUUGUUGGUGUUGACCCAGAAGGCUCCAUCCUGGCUGAGCCUGAGGAGCUUAACAAGACUGAUAAGACCCAGUACGAGGUGGAGGGCAUCGGGUACGACUUCAUCCCCACCGUGCUCGACAGAUCAGUGGUUGAUACCUGGUACAAAUCAGACGAUGAGGAGUCCUUCAACAUGUCUCGGAUGCUGAUCAGAGAGGAGGGCCUGCUGUGCGGGGGCAGUUCUGGGACGGCCAUGGCAGCAGCAGUAAAGGUCGCCAAAGAGCUGAAGGAGGGCCAGCGCUGCGUGGUCAUCCUGCCAGACUCCAUCCGCAACUACAUGUCCAAAUUCCUGAAUGAUAAGUGGAUGGUCCAGAAGGGCUUCCUGAGGGAGGAGGACCUGAUGGUGAAAAAACCAUGGUGGUGGAACUUGAAGCUGCAGGGUUUGAACCUGUCAGCCCCCCUCACUGUCCUGCCUACCGUCACCUGUCAGAAGACCAUCAAAAUCCUCAAGGAGAAUGGCUUUGACCAGGCGCCUGUGGUGGAUGAGGCUGGUUUAAUCCUGGGCAUGGUGACUUUAGGGAACAUGUUGGCGUCUAUUCUGGCGGGCAAGAUCAAGCUGUCAGACCCUGUCAGCAAAGUCCUCUACAAGCAGUUCAAACAGAUCCGUCUGACUGAUAAUUUGGGAAAGUUAUCCCGCAUCCUGGAGAUUGACCACUUUGCCCUGGUGGUGCAUGAACAGAUCCAAUACUUGACGGACGGCACUGCAAGUUUGAAGCAGAUGGUUUUCGGGGUGGUGACGGCUGUUGACCUGCUUAACUUCGUCACAGUCCGGGAAAGGAGAGAGCGAUCCAUGUCAGAGUCCACCGACGAGCUGAACUAAAGCACACAGCACGCAUACAUUGCUUUACAGUGACAUCAAAUGCAAUGACAGGUUUAGUAGAAGUGUCUCAAAGAUAGAAAAAAAAUAUAUUUGAAGUUUAGAUUUGAGGGUAGCGCUUCCACUUCAAAAAAACCCAGCUUUUUUUAAACAUUUGAACUUCAUUGUAAUAAGCUAAAUAUCUUUUUGCCGCUAUGUCAAAUUGUGAUACGGUUAUUAUUUCAAGCACUUAAUACUUAUUGAAUUUGAUUAUAGUGCUUUAAAACAAAUCUUUUGUAAGUUUAUAACUUGUAGAAAGCUUUGUUUUGAAUCGGUCUUGAAUAGAGGCCCCAGGCCUGUUUCACUAUGGCCUGGUGCAUCAAACAUAAGAAAGAAGACAUAGCAUUGCAAAGCCACAUUCAUCAAUCAUUUUUCAAGGUUAGACAUGUAGAGAGUUGCUGUAUAUAAGCGUAUUCUUUCCAGUGCUGCUUUUUCAUUUGUGUACACCUAAGAAAUAUGUGGAGUUUAAUCAGACUUCUUAAAACAAUUGUGGUGUUCUUUCCCUCUCUUGUAACAAAGUGCUUGUGUUAUCUGAAGUUGUCUUGACUAUUUAAUCUUAGCUGUGUCUGAGAGAAUGUUUGUUUUUUUUAUUGCAUAAUUUUUCUUUAACGUGGACGAUUAAAUAAAGUUUAAAAGAAG